AUGGUUCAAGACGAAAAGAAAGACUUCGUUUAUGAUGCUAAUGAAGUUCCCAUUGCAGUUGGUGCUGUUGAAAAUACCAGCAGCAAUCAUGGGCUUCAGCGAAAAUUGAAGCCCCGUCAUCUCCAAAUGAUUGCCAUUGGAGGUGUUGUAGGCACGGGUCUCUUUCUCGGAACAGGUACUGACCUUGAAAAUGGAGGUCCCGCAGGCCUGCUUCUUGGCUACUGUAUCAUGGCUUCUCUUUUGUACUCAGUGAUGAUUGCCUUGGGUGAAAUGUCUUCCCACUUCCCCAUUGCCGGUGGUCAAUUUGCUCUUGCUGGACGAUUCAAUUCUCCAGAACUUGGGUUUGCGAUGGGUAUACUAUUUUGGUUCAAUUAUAUAGUCGUUUUACCGGCGGAAAUCUCCGCGGCUGCUGUUUUGAUUAGCUACUGGACGCCCGCAGGGCAGACAGAUUCCACAUGCACCACUGGUGUUUGCAGCAAUGCGAUGUGGGUGGGACUAAUGUUGAUAGUAGUGUUCCUUGUGAAUUACGCAGGAACUCGUGUUUAUGGCGAGAUGGAAUUUUUCUUCUGCUCAAUCAAGAUCAUUACAAUUCUAGGACUUAUCAUCACCGGGAUUAUUAUUAGUGCCGGCGGUGGACCCAAUCACGAAGCCAUUGGGUUCAAAUUUUGGCAAGAAACCGGCGGGUUUGUCCAAUACGAAGGGAUUGCUGGGGCCAAGGGACGUUUUCUCGGCUUUUUCUCGGUUCUCAUCAAUGCUGCUUUUGCAUUUAUUGGUACAGAAAUUACCGCCAUUGCUGCCGCAGAAACAUCUGAUCCCCGAAAAAAUGUCCCACGAGCUAUUAAGAGCGUCUGGAUCAGAUUGGUUUUGUUUUAUGUUUGCAGUGCUUUCUUGAUUGGUCUUCUAGUGUCUCCAACAGACCCAUCUCUUAAUCUCGGUUCAACCGCUGCAAAGAGUCCUUUUGUUAUUGCUAUUGAGAACGCGGGAAUUUCCGUCUUGCCAUCGAUCAUCAAUGCGGCUAUUCUUACUAGUGCUUGGUCUGCAGGCACGGCAGAUCUUUUCGUCUCUUCGCGCACGCUGUAUGGGCUCGCUGCACGAGGACAUGCCCCGAAAUUAUUUCUUAAGACCCGAAAAGACGGUUUUCCUUGGGUUUGCUUCGUCUUCUGUGGGGCAUUCGCUCUACUUUCCUUUAUGGCUGCGGCCAAAGGUGAGGCAGGAACAGUUUUCGGAUAUUUUUCCAAUAUGACAGCAAUGUGCGGGAUGAUCUCGUGGACUGGCAUUUUGUGGACAAGCAUCCGAUGGAACAAGGGUCUCAAGUCACAGGGUAUUGACCGGAAGACUUUGCCUUAUAGAGCACCUUUCCAGCCUUACCUUUCCUACUAUGGAAUGACUAUGUGUAUUAUGGUUAUCAUCUUUGGUGGCUUCGGUUCUUUCAUUCAUUCAUUCAACGCGUCGACUUUCAUUACAACCUAUUUCCCGGUGCCUUUAUUUGCAGUCUUGUUCUUCGGCUACAAAUUUUGGAACAAAUCUAAGAUGAUCAACUACGUUGAUAUGGACUUUUUCUCUGGUUCCUCGAUUGAGGUUACAAUCAGCGGAGAGCCGAAGAGUAUGUGGCAGAAGAUAUCUGAAAGAAUUUAG